AUGGCUCAGGAUGGGAAGGAGUUAGUGUUGAUACUGCAUGCGGCUAAUUGGAAAGUGGAGAAGAUCAGCCGUCUGGGGACGUUGUCGUUGACCCAACUGAUCUGCCGGGCAAUCAUCAAACCUGAGGACAAGAAGGAGGUGGUGGGAGGGUGGGCGAAGAAGCCAACGGCCGCAGCGGGUGCUGUUCCCCCCGAGGGGCUGGCCGUGGCUCCUGUCAAUACCAAGGCCUCUCAACUACCAAACCAACCCACCAACCCCGCUCCCCCUUCCGUUCAGGCCAACAAUUCCGUUCCUCCUUCCGUUCAAGCUGACCAAAAAACCACCGAUCCCGCUCCCCCUUCCGUUGAUCAGAACUCCGGUUCCAUAGCUACACAGCCUGAUCAGGAUGAUGGCUCUUCUCUUGCUGUCAUUGCUGACUGA